CAGCGCCCUCUUGGAUAUCCGUUCAUUCGGAUAUCUAUUCACUUCGUAUACCAGCUCGUCCGCUUCUUUUCCGGUUUGUCAAAAUGGGUAUCGACAUUAACCACAAACAUGAUCGGAAGGUUCGGCGUACCGAACCUAAAUCACAAGAUGUCUACUUACGACUUCUCGUCAAACUUUACCGCUUCCUGGCUAGGCGUACAAAUGCUAAGUUUAACAAGAUUAUUCUCAAGAGGCUUUUCAUGAGUAAAAUACAUCGUCCACCAAUAUCUCUUGCACGCGUUGUCAGGUUUAUGAAGAAACCUGGACGAGAAAAUGCUAUUGCAGUAAUUGUAGGCACAGUAACAGAUGAUGCUAGGAUUUUUGAAAUACCUAAACUUACAGUUUGUGCCUUACGUAUUACCGAAAAAGCAAGAGCUCGUAUAUUGAAAGCUGGAGGUGAGCUAAUCACUUUUGACCAGUUAGCAUUACGUGCCCCUACAGGAAGACGGACAGUCUUAAUGCAAGGACGCCGAAAUGCACGUGAAGCAGUGAAACACUUCGGACCAGCACCUGGUGUACCUCACUCUCACACAAAACCAUUAGUGCGUUCUAAAGGUCGAAAGUUUGAAAGAGCAAGAGGCCGUAGGCGAAGCUGUGGAUAUAAAAAAUAAAUUUUGUUUAUUUACCAUCAUUUAUUGUACCAUACCCAUCAAUUUACUUGCAUGAUUUAGACAUUUUGUCUAUUUCCACAUUCUUUUAUAUAGCAAGUUACAGUGAUCUGGAAAAUAAAUGUUGGUUUCACAACA